AUGCCGGCUGCGUCAAUAGGUAAACCGGGUAGCUUGAAGGAUCCCGCUGUUGCUUCAUUAUUCUGUGUAAAAGAUCCCGAACAACGUUUCGAGGAUCUUCGUGAAAUUGGUCAUGGCUCAUUCGGGGCUGUUUUCUUCGCCCAGGAUUUGGAAACGAAUACAACGGUUGCAAUUAAGAAAAUGGCUUUUUCUGGCAAACAAUCGGCUGAAAAAUGGUCUGAUAUCAUCAAGGAAGUGUCCUUCCUGAAAAAUAUAAAACAUGAAAAUAUCGUUGAAUAUAGAGCAUGCUACCUGAAGGAACAUACUUGUUGGCUUGUGAUGGAAUAUUGCAUUGGUUCCGCAGCAGAUAUAGUUGAAGUACAUCGUAGUCCAAUACGGGAAUGUGAAAUUGCUGCUGUUAUUGAACAGACCCUUUUUGGGCUCUCUUAUCUGCAUAAAUUAGGACGUAUACAUCGAGAUGUCAAAGCCGGGAAUAUUCUUUUAACUGAUAAUGGUGUCGUUAAACUUGCUGACUUCGGGAGUGCUUCCACUUUAUGUCCUGCUCAGAGUUUUGUCGGUACGCCGUACUGGAUGGCUCCUGAAGUUAUUCUGGCGAUGGAUGAAGGUCAUUAUGACCAGAGCGCAGAUAUUUGGUCUCUUGGAAUCACUUGUAUCGAAUUAGCAGAAAGACGUCCACCUCUUUUCAACAUGAAUGCUAUGUCCGCACUGUAUCAUAUUGCUCAGAAUGAUCCCCCAAAGCUUUCACAUAGCGAGAAUUCUUCAUCGUGGUCUGCGGACUUCCACUCAUUCGUUGAUCUUUGCUUACGUAAAGAUCCACGAGAGCGAAUGAAGACGAGUCCUUGUCAACAGCAUCCAUUUAUUGUGAAUGGACGUUUGGAUGGUGUAAUUUUGGAAUUGAUUACAAGGACAAAGGCACUAGUCAGUGACCUGGACAACUUCCAGUAUAGGAAAAUGAGAAAAUUAGUUUAUCUUGACGAGCAACAAAGUAUUGUGACCGACGAUGACGAAGAAUUAUCAGGAAUGGGAGGCUCAGCAAGCUCUCGGUCGAAUUCUAUUUCUUCAUUCCAGUCGUAUCAUUCAAAUGCUCCUAUUUCCGACAGUCAUCAUGGAGAUAGUGGCAAGGCCAUUACUUCACGACCUCUUAUUCCUCUUCGUGUUCUUUCUUCAGUUAGCUCUGAUAUCAGCAGUAUCAAUGAAGAUUUCGAUAACACUGACAAGGAGGAAAUGGCAACUCUUCGACGAUCGAAGUUUUCAACAUUGCGAACAACGAAAUUGAUUUCAAAGGAGCUAGAAGAAUAUAACAGGGAGAAUAAUAUAUACGAACAAAUGAGUGGUUACAAACGUUUGCGUCAACAACAUCAGAAGGAAUUGAAGCAGCUCGAAGAGAAAUGUGCAAUGGAAAUGGAGUCGUUUAAACAAAAAGCUGAUAAAGAAUAUGAAAAUCUUUUAAAUACUUUUAGCAAAGAACUUCAGCGCUUACGUAGCAAUCAGAAUGCUGAAAAAGAUAAAAAACUUCGUGAAUAUGAUGAAACGGAACGUAGGUUACGGCGUCAGUUAAAUUCACAACACGAAAACGAGCUAAAAGCAUUCUCUAACGCUCAGAAGAAAGAAUAUAAGCACAAUAAGGAAAGGGCAAAAAUGGAAUUAAAAGAACGCUAUGGCAUGCGUUCUGCAUAUGAAAGUGCAUUGAAGGAGACGAAAGCUGUUUUGAAUGCACGGCGUACUGAUGCGGAAGCGAUAUUUUCUCGUGAACAGAAAAUAACGAUGGAAAAUGAAAUUCGAAGACUGAAGGGAAUUCGUAUGGUUGAGAUGCAUACUUUGAUCGAAAAACUGGCCGUAGAUGAGUUAAAAUUCAAAGGAAAACAACUGGAAACAAGCCAUGCUUUAUUAAGAAAACAUCAUGAACAAACAAAACAACUUGAAUUAUCACUUUUAAUCGAAAGCCAGCGCAUGAAGCGGCGACAUCUGGAGAAGCAGCAUGAAGCUGAAACUUCAAAUCAGUUGCAGUAUAAUCAGAGAGUUACAGAUGAAACUAUGAAACGACAUGCUUUGCAAUCAAAACAACAGCCUAAAGAAUUGAAGGCAAAAGAGUUACAAAUAAGAAAGCAAUAUCGACAGGCAGUGAAAACGCAGUUGAGGCAAAGCAAGUUAUUACAAGCUCAAGUUUUGAGCUGCACACCAAAGGAAGAACAUAGGGAAAUGAUAGUAAAGUUGAAGGAAGAGCAAAAGAGAAAAUUAGCAACAUUAGCUGGGCAGUAUGAAAGCACCAUCGAAAGUUUGCUACGGGAUUUGACCGUAAAAUUGGAGUCUUGGCAGGAAGAUGAAUUGAAAGCUUUGAAAGAGAAACUUGAAAAGGAAAUGGAUAUGCUCAAAGACUUCCAAAGUCGACAGAAAAGUUGUCUUGAAGAGAAUUGUAAAAGAGAAGAACAGAAAUUGGCGGAACGCACUUCAAUAAGAAAAGCGGUCAUCGAGAAAAAAGUAUGCCUUACUUAUUGUUUAAUGAUGGCGCUAAAUGAACAUACGCAGCAGAUAUCCUUAUCGGCUUCUCAAUUUAGUUCGCAGGACACCUUAUGCUCAAUUUCUUCAAAUCUUCAUUCGUUAGCUACAAAUUCUUAG